AUGGCAUAUACACUGAACCGAAUGGAGAUGGAAAUUGCUCUGGAUAUGUUGAGUCAACCAAAGGAUGAGUACCUUAGGAUUCGGAUGGUAUGUUUGUUGAAAAAUUGUUUACAGGAGGUAGUGACGGACUAUGCAUUCAUCGUGGAUGAGUUUCCAAACUUCAACAUAAUUAUCGGUCGACCAAAGGAUCUAAAUUCGUGCUCCUCUGAAACAUGGCCGUGUUAUUGGAGUCCCAUGUUCUACAUACUAAGAGAAGACAAGAAUGAUGCUUUGUUCAGAAAGAUGAUGUUGAAUAAUGAUGUCAUUGAUUGGACCCGUAAUAAAAGGAAAUCUUUGUUUAUAUAUGGAGUAUCUGGAACACAAAAGGCUGUAUUCGAUGAGGUUGCUGCAAUAUAUGGAUGGCUUCCUAGGGGUGGACAUCUAGAAGGAAAGGCGUUCUCAAUAAAAAAUGAUGACAUACACAAAGCCUUAAUAGAGGUACCCUCUAUGAAGCAGUUAACUUGUUCAACACUACGCCUUGAUGAAGCUGUUCUAGUUCAGCGACGCUGGCAGCAUAUCCUUGCAGAUGAUCCGAACGUCACAACAGGAAUAGAGUUCUGCAUUAAAAACUUUCCAAAUAUAUGUCUGAGGAAUGAUAAGGGUGAAGUCAUAGGGCAUAUGUUGACUUUAUACAAUGUCGCAGCGGAUAUAUUUGGGAGAAUCCUGGUACUUUGGUA